UCCCUCGGACACAGCGGAUCACCGAUCCAUGGAAAGAGCCGAAGAUGUCGCCUCGGUCAUGUGAUCAGCUGUGUCCAAUCACAGCUGAUCACAUGGGACAUGUGCACUGAUCAUCAGGGCACUGAUGAUCAGUGUGCCCUGAUGAUCUGUGUAGCCCCAGCAGUGCCACCUGUCAGUGUCCAUCAGUGCCAGCUGUCAGUGCUCAUCCAUGCCACCUGUCAGUGCCACAUCAGUGCCACAUUUCAGUGCCCAUCUGAGCUGCCUUUCAGUGUCACCCAUCAGUGCCAUUCAGUGCCACCUAUCAAUACCAGUCAGUGCCACCUAUUAGUGCCAGUCAGUGCCGCCUAUCAGUGUGCAUUAGUGCCGCCUAUCAGUGCCCGUCAGUGCUGCCUAUCAGUGCCGCCUAACAGUGCCAGUCAGUGCUGCCUAUCA